AUGAAUGCUCCCCUAGUCUCUGGGCUGGAGUACUAUGGUCCCCAUCUUCCCACGGGCCCAGAACAGUUCCUGUAUUAUCCAACUCAACUAGGCCCCAAACUGUCUGAAGGCUCCUGUCAGGCCUUCUCUCCUGGCCACCCACUUCCUGUUCUUUCCCGGCUUCCCCUCUGGGCAGGGUGUUUUUUCUUCCAAAGCCAGUGCUGGAACCUGUGCUGUGCAGAAAAGAGGACAGGACCGAGGAUGCCCCCCAGAUUCCCGUCAGAGGACACAAAGCCUCAGGCAGUCCUUCAUCUGUUGCCCUCCGUCUGUACGCCUAUGCAAGCCCUCUGA